AUGCUAUGCUUUGCAGUUAUUGCUGCAAUCGUUGUUCUUUUGGCUGGUGAGGUUGCCGCUAAUGUGGGUGGUGUGGCCACCGAUGAGAAGCUGUUCUUUGGCCGUCGACAUGGCUAUGGGGGAGGUCUGGGUUAUGGCAUAUAUAAGAAAUGGUUCAGACAUUACUUCGGUAAUGGGAGGUUUGGGAGGGGUGGAGGAUUAGGUGGAGGCUUUGGUGGUGGAGCUGGCGGUGGCUUGGGUGGAGGUGGUGGUCUGGGUGGUGGAGCUGGUGGCGGGCUUGGUGGUGGUGGAGGGCUAGGAGGUGGUGGUGGGCUUGGCGGUGGGGCAGGUGGUGGUGGAAUUGCCGGAGGGGCUGGUGCCGGUGGCGGGAUUGGUGGUGCUGCAGGUCUAGGUGGCCAUCGUGGCGGCGGGCUUGGAGCUGGGGGUGGAGACCGUGGAGUUGGUGGUGGAGGCGGCAUAGGGGGCGGGGCUGGUGGUGGUGGUGGGCUUGGAGGUUGUGGUGGGACAGGUGGCAGGGCUGGUUGUGGGUUUGGUGGUGGAGGAGGGCUCGGAGGUGGUGGUGGAACCGGUGGAGGGAUCGGCGGUGGUACUGGAUCUGGUGGCGGGGCCGGAGCCGGUGGAGGAGUUGGUGGUGGUGGCGGGCUAGGUGGCGGCGGUGGAGGAGGAUUGGGUGGUGGAGCGGGAGCCGGUGAUGGGUUUGGAGGCGGAGCUGGAGCAGGUGGCGGACUAGGUGGCGGCAGCUUCGGUGUUGGUGGUGGUGUAGGCGGUGGAUUCGGGGCCGGUGGCGGGUUCGGAGCAGGUGCUGGUGUUGGGGUUGGUGGCGGCGGGGGUGGUGGGUUUGUGGGAGGUAGUCUCCCUCUGGUUCUUGACAGGUUAAUUGGCAGGUGUCGUGUCACUCGAUAUUAA